GGCGUUGGCCUAACGUCACUUCCAGCUUUCGCCGCCAAAUAGAAACAACCAGAGGUAAGAAACCAUGGUGUCGGAGGAAGAGACUAAAAGUAUCCGCAGGUUUGUGUGUGGUGAACUCCGCGAUGGGCCAGACCUGAGCUCACUGACUGUAGGAAUUUUGAAAAAACGAUAUUUGGCGUGGGUGGGACGUGAAUCAUUAAGUCCAGAGGCCAAAACUUAUAUGAAACAGGUGGUUGCAGAGGAACUGAUGAAAAUGCAGCACAAUGACAGUGACGGAGGUGAGCUGGAGACCAAGAGGCCCCAAAACAAAAGGAAGAGAGAAAAGGAAGAUGAUGAGGUGUUGAAUGACAGAGAAGAUGAAGAUGAAUCCAGGGCAAAGAAAUGCCGAAAUCAGUCAGGCUCAUCAUCAGAGUCUGAGGAUGAAGAGGGCCGCAAAACAGGAAGUGAGGAGAGUGAAGAGGAAGACCAAAUGAAAUCAGGAUCUGAGGAUGAAGAAGAAGAAGAGGUGGAAAAAUCACAGCAAAAAACAAAUGGAAACCGUAAACAGCAGAUCAUCAGUGAAGAAUCUUCAGAUGAAGAAAUGAAUGAGUCAGUAAAAAAAGGGAAUGAGAGUAACUGCGGAGACAGUCCAAAAGAAAUGACAAGAAAGGAAGGACAUACUACAAAAAAUGGAGAGACGAGAAGCAGCAGUGCAAGUCCAGGAAAGAAAACACCACAGAGUGGUAAAGAGAAUGAAACUGACAACACAGGUAGUGAGUCAGAAAGGAGUGACAAAGUCAACGGUAAUGAGUCCUCAGAUGACAGUGAGAAAGAAGAAAAAGCCUUGGUGGAAAAGAAAAAUAACAACCCAGACUCAGAUUCAUCGUCACUCCCCUCUUUGGACAAUGACCAGGAGAGUGAGACAGAAAAUAAACAAGAUAAUAAAAAGAAGAAAACAGUGGAAAAAGGAAAGAGCAGCAAAAGUCAAAAGCAGGUUGACAACAAAACAGUUGUGAGGCUCAAACGCUUCAUUGCUCUCUGUGGAGUGAAGAAGAAUUACAAGAAGCUCCUCGGUGACUGUCGCUCUAUUCGCUCCAUGGUGGCUGUUCUCAGGAAGGAGCUUGAAGAUCUUGGUGUCGAGGGGAACCCAACUAUUAAGAAAUGCAAAAAAAUCAGAAUGCAGAGAGAGGAGGCUCAGGAACUAGCUGAUCUUGAUGUCAGCAACAUCCUCGCCACAAAAGGUCGUCCUACACGCGGAGCCGCAUUAAGGCAGGAACAACACGACCCUCCGUCUCCUACAUAUCAGCGCACUCUGAACUCCGGCUCUGAUAGUGAUCAGGAAAAUACACACAAAAAGCGCAGAAGACCCUCGGACUGGGCCAACCUGCAGGGGAUCAUCAGUGAUGAUGCAGACAGUGACUGACAGGGAUACCUCCCCUUCAAGUCUUCAGAGGCCACUCGAAUAUGGACAUUACUUUUUCUCUGUAUAAGCUGGGUUUUGGCCAUUACAUUUUGAUACUAAGGCUUUUGAUACUACAAAUUCAUGUACUUUUUGCAAAAAAAAAACAAACAAACAAAAAAAAAUUUAAGGUAAAAAAUUGAUAAAUGGAGCAUGUGGAUGGUGGUUGAAUGAAUGACCAGUUUUCAGUCAUUUCAAAAAAAACAAAUAGAGAAAAUGAUGAUAAUUUAUUAUUCCAUGGAAGUCUGUUCUAAUUCAAAUAAAAGUAUUGUAUUCA